AUGGAGUUCAAAUACCGUGCCAUCGACAACGUCAAACCACCACCAACAUCGCAUUCUCCUUCCCCAGCCACAUAUCUCCCUGAUCGAUCACUUCAAAUGGACGGUGGUUUUUCUGGCUUCAGACCACCAUUAACCGGCGAGGCGGCACUACAGCGAGAAGUUGAGAAGGAGCAAAUCCGCCGAGAAAUUCUGCGACGGAUGGAGUUGGAGGAAGAAGUGAGGAGGGAGCUUGCAAUUGAGAGAGAUUUGGGGAUUUCAAUACAGAGGCCCCUGAAUAUUCAUGGAGUCCCACAGUGGUCAAAUCCAACGGUGGUGAACUCGGUGAUGAACUCUGUUGUUUUUGGCCAUAUGGCUUCGUCGCAACCAACGAUGAUUCUGCCUCCUACGGCAAUCGACCCUUCUCCAGAGAUCAAUAAUGAGGACAAAGUUAUCGUGUUGGAUAGGCCAGAUCCCGAACUCUUUUAUGCAAAACGAAAAGCAACGGCGUUGGCUAAUUCGGAGACUGGGCCUUCUACAUUUAAUUUGAAGAAAAAAUUGAAGCAAGAGUGGAGUUGUGCACUAUGUGGAAUUAAAGCCACAAGUGAGAGUGGCUUGAAUGCUCAUCUAAAUGGUAAGAAGCACAAGACUAAGGAAGCUGGACAAAAUAGAGAGAUUUGCAAGAGCAACAAAGAAAGUGAAAAAAUUGUGAAUGUCAAGGCCACUGAAAUAGUUGAUACAUCGAUGGUUCAUAAGAGUAUAAAUGAAUCUAAAAGUGAAGAGCAACUUGUAGAGAUAAUGGUUGAUAAUGGCAUAACUUCAACAAAACCCAAAAAUAAAGACGAUGCAACUGAGGAAGAGGAAGCAGAGAAGAUAAAUGCAUAA